CUCUACCUGUCGGCAUACUUUAUCGUGCUGUCCGGGCUCAUGCUGGUCAUCUGUGCGGCCCUACUCGGCCUGGUGUUCCUCUUCGACAUUCCGUCGUUCCGACAGCCCCCCGCUCUUAUCACGCUCGGAAUGCUGGUGUUCCUGUACUCACCGGCCGGUAUACUGUGCUCUACCUGCUUUUCUUACUUUUUCGACCGCACCGACUCGGCCCAAUCGAUCCUACCGAACAUCCUCACGUUCGUCGGUCUCAUUCCGUUCAUAUUGGUCGUGUUCCUUGAUAUGCUGGGGAUUGAGGUUAAAGCAGCGAUCGCCCUUCACUACGUCUUUUCACUCAUCAACCCCAUGUACAUACCGUACGCGACGGUGUACUUCGUGGACCGGGUGUACAUUGCGUGCCGGUUGAGUUCGGCCUGUGCCGAACUGUCGAUGGCCCACUACAUGACCGAGGAGGUGAUUGUGAUGGCCUGCGGGUGCCUUUUGCACAUUCCGAUUUGGGCGUUCUGCUUGCGGGUGUCGGAUGUGAUGAAGAGUGGUGGUCGCAUGCGCGAUCUAUUCCAUCGAUCAGCGGUAAGCUCAUCCGGCUCACCUCGGGGCGGAGGAUUCGUUAACGUUGACGUCACUAAUGGUUUGCUAAUUCUGAAACAGAGCGAGGAAGACGUGAUGACUGAGGAGCAAUGCACGGGCGAGUACGAAGAUGAGGACGUACGCAAUGAGCGGAGCCGGGUGUUCCGUUUGCCCUGCAACAACAGUCUCAACCAGUCGCAGAACGAUUCCGAGUGUCCUCACGGGCAGCCCGUUGUGGUGGUGAAGAGUUUACGCAAAGAGUUUUCGCAAGAAUCGCUGUGCGGCAACUGUUGCUGCUGUGCGGACGAUGAACCACCAAAGAAGAAGGUGUCCGUGCGCAGCCUUUCGCUUGGUGUGGACGCAGGCGAGGUGCUCGGUUUGCUCGGUCACAAUGGCGCCGGUAAGACGACCACGAUGAAGAUAAUGACCGGUGAGACGGCUCCGACCCGUGGUACGGUGCGGGUGGCUGGGCAUAGCAUUACGAUCAACCAGGACGAUGCCUUCAAGACACUCGGCUACUGUCCGCAGCAUGAUGCACUGUGGAAGAACGUGACGGUGCGCGAACAUCUGGAGCUGUAUGCGCGUAUCCGUGGCGUACGGGGUAAAGAUCUGAACCACUUGAUCGCCACCUACCUGACCGGAUUGCACAUCAACGAGCACGCGAACAAACAGACGCAGCACUGUUCCGGUGGUACGCGGCGCAAACUGAGCUACGCGAUGGCCAUGGUCGGGGCACCGAAGGUCGUACUGCUCGAUGAACCGUCCACCGGGAUGGAUCCGAAGUCGAAACGAUUCCUCUGGGACACGAUCCUCGCCAGCUUCCAUGGCAAGCGGUGCGCCAUGCUGACCACCCACUCGAUGGAGGAAGCUGAUGCGCUCUGUUCGCGCGUCGGCAUUAUGGUAAAGGGUGAGCUAAGAUGUCUCGGAUCGACGCAGCACUUGAAGAACCUGUACGGUGCCGGCUACACGCUGGAGAUUAAGCUGAAGCACAUCGAGAAUGUGUAUAGUGAGACGCCAAUCGAAAGCCAACCGAGCAGUAGCCAGGAGCAGCUGCAGCUCGACCAAAGCACCGACCACAUUGCGCCGGUGAUUAGCAACUGCAUCGACAAUCGGUCGAUGGCGUUGCGCAACUUCGUCACGGAUCUGUUCCCGAGUGCCACGCUGGAGGAAAGCUUCGCCGAUCGGCUGGUGUAUUCCGUGCCGCAGCAGGCCGUCAGCUCCCUGGCCGAGUGCUUCUCGCGGCUCGAGAAAGCCAAAACUGAACUGGACAUCGAGGAGUACUCCUUUAGCCAAACUACGCUCGAGCAAGUGUUCCUCAAGUUUGCCCACUACGACGAAGAAACCUCGAGCGUACAGUAAAUAGUGCAGCGCCACCGGCUAGAUCUAAAUGAUAGCAAAUGGUACUGCAAAGAAACAAGUAGCAAAUCAUGCAUGUUCGAAAGGUGUGAAAAAUGGGCGGAAGGUGGGAGACGGCACUUUUAGGUGAUGUACCGGUUCCUUUGGGUGUCCCGUACCUGCGCGUUCUGCACCAGAGCUGCGGGCGAUAGGUGUGAAAGGGGACAGUGUGUGUAAAGUGAACGCUCGUGAGUCUUACAUUUUCCGCUUCUCUUUAGGGUCUCAUGAAACAUGAAACCUAUGCCAAUACAGCAGGGCGUAGGGGAACGGUGCAGAAAUUUGAGUUAUAAAAAAAAAUCGUUCAGGCUUACAAAGCGAACUAGCAUCUUUGGCGAUCGAAGAAACGUGUAAGUAAAUAAAGAAGAAGAAAAAAACAGAAAAAACUACGUAUUCAGCAAAAUAUUUCAUAGAAAUUGAAUCUAAAAGAAAAGGAACAAUAUGAGACAUGGACGAAGAAGUAGUAGAAAAAGAAUGAACAGUUUGUGCGAGCGUAGGAGAAGAAAAUCAAAGUGAAUGUAAAGAUGGGAAGAGCAAGUGCAAUAAGAGCUGGUAUGCAAUGAAAAAAAAACCGUAAAAAUUCAUCAUCAACUCAUCAAAGUCAAAGACGAAUAAAACUCGUAAACGGUAAAAAGGUUAGUAAAAAUCUAAAUAUAAGUUAUAAGAACCAUAAGCUAAAGAAAAGAAGAAAAAAACGAAUGCCACUGGUCCCGUCGGAACACGUUUCUAGAUGCGAACUAAUUCUCUGCAGGCUAUUUUUUCAGGAACAAAACAAUUUUUGAAUUCGACUCGAGAACAAUACAACAAAACCUAGUGAAUUUUGAGCGGCGAAGCCAUCAUGAAGCGUAGCGAUGCGCGCAGUACACGGCGCAGGUUAUACAGUAAGUGUCCCACCCCCCGGGGACGGAGAAGACGGCUGACAUUAGAUAACAAAAAAAAAAAAGGAAACUAACGAAGGCGAGUGGCGAAGAACGAUGAAGCAGUGGAUGAUUAGUGAAUAAAUGAAAGGUAAGACAUAUUCCUUAAGCUAGAUAAGAAAAAGGCCGACACUGUGGGUAGGGGUUUGGGGGGGGAAUGCUGAUGUA